UUCUGACGCCAUCGGAGUGCGCCCUCCAGUAAUUUAGCAGUUCCGCUGUAGCAAUGGAAUCGAACAGAGACGAAGCGGAGCGUUGCUUUGAGAUCGCGGUCACAGCACUAAGAAAUAAUCAGACAGACAAAGCUCAGAGGUUUCUAGAAAAGGCUUACAAACUAUUUCCCACUGAGAAGACAAAAGCGCUGCUCGAGUCCAUUGCACAGAAUGGGCAGGCCUUCGGCCAGAGUGACUCGUCAGGAGCCAGCGACCCGUCUGGAGCCAGCGAAGGCUCGGGUGUGCGACAUCGUAAACCAGCAGAGGACGAAAACACGACACGGGAGAAGGCUGCCGACUCGGCAAAAUCCUACACGUCAGAUCAGCUGGAUGCAGUCAAGAGGAUAAAACAGUGCAAAGACUACUAUGAGAUUCUGGGAGUGAGCAGGGACGCGUCUGAAGAGGACCUUAAGAAAGCGUACCGGAAACUGGCCCUGAAGUUCCAUCCCGAUAAAAACCAGGCUCCCGGUGCCACAGAGGCCUUUAAAGCCAUCGGAAACGCGUACGCGGUCCUCAGCAACGCCGACAAGCGGAGGCAGUACGACCAGUUCGGGGAGGAGAGGGCGCACCCGUCCCGGCACGGCCACUCGCACGACUACAACCGGGGCUUCGAGGCGGACAUCUCCCCCGAAGACCUGUUCAACAUGUUCUUCGGAGGCGGGUUCCCGUCCAGUAACGUCCACGUGUACAGUAACGGCAGAAUGCGCUACACUUACAACCAGAGACCAGAGCGAAGAGAACAGCAAGGGGACGGCGGUCUGGCGCUCUUCGUACAGCUGAUGCCCAUCCUCAUCCUCAUCGUGGUGUCGGCGCUCAGUCAGAUGAUGGUGUCCAGCCCUCCCUACAGCCUCAGCGUCAGGCCAUCUGCCGGUCACGUUCACAAGAGACUGACGGGUACUCUGAAGGUGGCGUACUACGUGGGCGAGCGCUUUGCAGAGGAGUACAGCGGAAACGAGCUGAAGAACGUGGAGCGGAGCGUGGAGGACGACUACAUCUCCAACCUCAGAAACAACUGCUGGAAGGAGAAACAGCAGAAGGAGGGCUUGCUGUAUAGAGCUCGGUAUUUCGGAGACAGCGAAUUGUACCAGAGGGCACAGAAGAUGGGAACACCCAGCUGCUCCAGGCUGUCCGAAGUCCAGGUUCUGCUGCACGGCUAAAGAGGACGUCACUACAGAGAGAGGUUGGUUGAAGGUUAUGAAAAUGCUGUAUAAUAAUAGAGAAUUCUACACGGGUCCUUGUCCCAGCCUUCGUUACCACUGGAGCGCGACGUGAAACGACGGAUCGGGGACGCGUCCGAGCGACGCAUGCCACGCCAUGUCUUACGAGCGCGGCGGAGCGCCGGAGAGCCCGAACGCUCGCCCGAGGCCCGGGCGAAGAGCGAGCCCUUUCCGCGCGCUCCCGUUCCCGUUCCCGCUCCAAAACGACGGACAAGCCCGGCGCUCACCUGCCAGCGUCUUCAGACGCAAGAAACUAAACCCGAAACUUUAAGGAUUCUGGGAAAAAAACGGAAAAAAACAAAAAAAUUAUUUGGAUAUAAUUUAUUUUUUCUUUUUGUUAUUGAAUGAUCACUGAUGCCGCAGAGGUGAAGAUUUCCCUGUGCUCCUAACUUAAUUCCCAUCUGUCUAAAGCUAUGAAAUGUGGACGCCUUCCACCCACAUACCUGAGCCAGUUAAAAGUGGGUGCUUUUUAUAGUUUAUAUAUGUAUAUAUGUUGUACUUUUAAUGCCACAGGGAUUUAGAUUAAAUUAUGAAGCUUCCUUUUAUCAGUGAAUAAAUUAUACCGGGUGGAUUUGCUUGUUGUACUCUUGAACAAUCAGUCUUCACAAGAUAUUUGAUAUGAGUGCUAUAAAUGAAUAUAAAAUAAAAUAUUUGAAAACUAAA